AUGAAUAAAUGGCUUCCCCCUAAGAGACUUCUCCCUUCAGUAUCUUAUAACCAGAAUAUUCCUACAGCAUAUACUAAUAAUAUACAUAAUAACACAUGUAAUACUACAUAUACUAUAAGCUUAAUAGGCAAUAGAUCAAAUUAUAUACCAAAUAUAAACUAUUCUGCUUUAUUAUGCGAUAUUACAGUUGCAGAAAUAACAGAGUUAAUAAAUACACUAGAGACAUAA